AUGUCAAGUUCUCCAAAAGACUUCGUCCAGCUACAAUACCAACAACCCCUAAACUCCUAUCACGGUACAAUCAAUCCUCCAUACGAAUUCGAAAAUUUUGCUCCGAGAAUAAAAGACUGGAAAUUCGAAACUAGUUCAGAAGCAAAACCUACCGAACAACCUGUGAUACCGGCUGGUGGACUGUACAAAUAUCCGGAUGCGUUUAAAGAGAAACCGGGUAAAAACGGUAAUGAUGAUGAUUUUGGACUCGACUUUAAGGAUUCGAAAGACACAUCUGUUAAGAAACGCCACAACCCAUGGAAGAAGAUACUGAACCUCGUAACUGCACUGAUUCCUGUCGGCAUCAUCAUAUCAGCGCUCACGCCCAACAUCGUCACUUUGGAAGACACCGGCAACUACCCGCAUUUUCCCUCUCGCGUUUCCCGGAGAUCGGACGAGAGUGUCAACGAACUUCCGCCCAUCAGCGAACAGUGCAAGCGGAGACUGCUCUGUGAAUUACACUCGGACGCGAACUUCGUGCGUGAUUCCCGACCACACCGAGCGAACCUCUGCUACAAGAUCCACUGCAGCGAUCCACAGGCUCUCAGUAAACUUCUGCGCUGGUUGUUACUCCGCAACCAGCGACAACACGCUCUCCACGACAGAAGAGGUUAUAUUACGUGAAAUAAAUUAACUAUGUGUUACAAA